UGACCAAAUAAGGGAAUCACAGGGUAGCAUCGCUUUCAACAACCCUUCAUAAACAUCGCAGACAUGGUUACGCUCACUUAAAAUGGAAAUUAUCGUUCCACUUGUUCACUCAUUUCUUUCGUAUCGUUCGAAUGAUUUUUUAACAUGUGAUACUCUUGAAAAAUUUUGGGAAUUGGCUUAUAUUAAACUUACCCAAAGAUUUGAGAAGUAUUUAUUUAUUUCCUUAACAUAAAAGGAUCAUAAAUCGUCCUUUGGAUACUGCGCGUGUGUAUUGCAUCAAAUAAAUAUUUACAAGAUGCAGUUUAAAGUAUAACUUGUUACCAAAAAUCACAGACCACAAGAUAUUUACGAUGGGAAAACUUCUCAGUCUUCUGACUCGAGACGAGACGACUUGCUGUACUCCUCAAAAAUAUGACGUCUUUCUAGAUUUUGAAAAUGCUCAACCUUCCGAUAUUGAAAGAGAUACAUUUGAAGCCGUACAACGAGUUUUGAAAAAUUCAGAAUCCAUUUUAGAAGAGAUUCAGUGCUAUAAAGGUGCUGGCAAGGAAAUUCGAGAAGCUAUUUCAGUUCCUACAGAAGAAUGUCAGCGUAAAGCGUACCUGACUGUCGUUCCUCUCGUGGCUAAGCUAAAAAAAUUCUAUGAGUUUUCUCUAGAACUUGAACGUGUUGUACCACAGAUUCUGGGUCAAUUAUGUUCAGGAAAUCUAUCCCCCAUGCAACACCUUGAAACUCAACAAGCACUUGUCAAACAAUUCGCCGAAAUUCUUGAAUUUGUAUUCAAGUUUGAUGAGCACAAAAUGAAAACACCAGCUAUUCAAAACGAUUUUAGUUAUUAUCGUAGAACGUUAACAAAAGCUAAAGACAAUCCAGAGAAUGAAUUGAUUGUAGGCAAUGAACUGGCCAACCGCAUGUCCUUAUUUUAUGCCCACGCCACACCCAUGCUUCACGUUUUGAGUCACGCUACUAUAACUUUCUUAAUGGAUAGGGAAGAUAUACCACGAGAGAAUAUUACAGAGACGUUGGGGACUAUGGCUAAGGUUUGUUUAAGGAUGUUAGAGAAUUCAAACCUAUUGGCACAAUUUCAAAGAGAAGAAACACAGUUAUUCGUUCUACGAGUCAUGGUUGGCUUAGUCAUACUCUACGAUCAUGUUCAUCCACAAGGAGUUUUCUUUAAAGGCUCAAACGUUGAUGUUAAGGGAUGUGUAAAACUUCUGAAAGAUCAGCCAUCUUGCAAAAGUGAAGGUUUAUUGAAUGCUCUAAAAUACACAACAAAACAUUUGAAUGAAGAAAACACACCAAAAAAUAUUAAAAAUCUUUUAGCAGCAUGAUUACCAAAGCAACGUGGCUGCUGUAUUCGAAAUUGAAAGAAAAUAUAUGGUUUCUUAGAUAUGGUAUUUCUUGACCUAAAAGAAAUUUAUAAAAAUCAUAAAUCUGAGACACUCAAUGCUGGGAAUUGCCCCGGGGAUCAAGAUGAUUGGAUUUUAUUACUACUGUAAUAAUUAAUUUUAAAAAAAUUAUAUAAAUUUAAAUUAAUCAAACGUAUCGUAAACUAUCAACAAUUCACACUUGUAUGGAGAGA